AGCUAUUGAAGCUGACAUGCACAGGGUUAAACCCAGUUGCUGAAUUCACCCCCCUCCCCCUCCCAGUCCCCCUUUUCACAGUAGCCUGGCAGCUGUCCUAACUGCCUACUGAAGCCAAAUGCUUGAGGAGAGAGAGAGUAAGAAGCCAGCCAUGAAUCCCUUCCAGAAAAAUGAGUCCAAGGAAACUCUUUUUUCACCUGUCUCCACUGAAGAGGUACCACCUCGACCUCCCAGUCCUCCAAAGAAGCCACCUCCGAAAAUCUGUGGCUCCAACUAUCCACUGAGCAUUGCCUUCAUUGUGGUGAAUGAAUUCUGCGAGCGCUUUUCCUAUUAUGGCAUGAAAGCUGUGCUGACCCUGUAUUUCCUGUAUUUCCUGCACUGGAAUGAAGAUACCUCCACAUCUAUAUACCACGCCUUCAGCAGCCUCUGUUAUUUCACUCCCAUUCUGGGAGCAGCCAUUGCUGACUCAUGGUUGGGAAAAUUCAAGACAAUCAUCUAUCUCUCCCUGGUGUAUGUGCUUGGCCAUGUGAUCAAGUCCUUGGGUGCCUUACCAAUACUGGGGGGACCAGUGGUACACACAGUCCUAUCAUUGGUUGGCCUGAGUCUAAUAGCUUUGGGGACAGGAGGUAUCAAACCCUGCGUGGCAGCUUUUGGUGGAGACCAGUUUGAAGAAAAACAUGCAGACGAACGGACUAGAUACUUCUCAGUCUUCUACCUCUCCAUCAAUGCAGGGAGCUUGAUUUCUACAUUUGUCACACCCAUGCUGAGAGGAGACGUGCAGUGUUUUGGAGAAGACUGUUAUGCAUUGGCUUUUGGAGUUCCAGGAUUGCUCAUGGUGAUAGCACUUGUUGUGUUUGCAAUGGGAAGCAAAAUGUACAAAAAACCACCUCCUGAAGGAAACAUAGUGGCUCAAGUUUUCAAAUGUGUCUGGUUUGCUCUUUCCAACCGUUUCAAGAACCGUUCUGAAGACAUUCCAAAGCGGCAGCACUGGCUAGACUGGGCAGCUGAGAAAUAUCCAAAGCAGCUCAUUGCGGAUGUGAAAGCACUGACCAGGGUACUAUUCCUUUAUAUCCCAUUGCCCAUGUUCUGGGCUCUUUUGGAUCAGCAGGGUUCACGAUGGACUUUGCAAGCCACCAAGAUGAAUGGGAAUUUGGGGUUUUUUGUGCUUCAGCCGGACCAGAUGCAGGUACUAAAUCCCUUUCUGGUUCUUGUCUUCAUCCCGUUGUUUGACCUUGUCAUUUAUCGUCUGAUCUCCAAGUGUGGAAUUAACUUCUCAUCACUUAGGAAAAUGGCUGUUGGUAUGAUCCUAGCAUGCCUGGCAUUUGCAGUUGCAGCAGCUGUAGAGAUAAAAAUAAAUGGAAUGGCUCCACCCCAGCCAGGUCCCCAAGAGAUUUUCCUACAAGUCCUGAAUCUGGCAAAUGAUGAAGUGAAGGUGACAGUAUUGGGAAAUGAAAACAAUUCUCUGUUGGUAGAGUCCAUCAGAUCCUUUCAGAAAACACCACAUUAUUCCAAACUGCACCUGAAAACAAAAAGUCAGGAUUUCCACUUCCACCUGAAAUAUUACAAUUUGUCUGUCUAUGCUGAGCAUUCUGUGGAGGAGAAGAACUGGUAUAGUCUGAUCAUUCGUGAGGAUGGGAAAAGCAUCUCCAGCAUGAUGGUAAAGGAUGUAGAAGGCAAAACAACCAAUGGGAUGACAGCUGUGAGGUUUAUUAACACUUUGCAUAAAGAUGUCAACAUCUCCGUGGGUACAGAUAUCUCCCUCAAUGUUGCUGAAGACUAUGGUGUGUCUGCUUACAGAACUGUGCAAAGAGGAGAAUACCCUGCAGUGCAUUGUAAAACAGAAGAUAAGGACUUUUCUCUGAAUUUGGGUCUACUAGACUUUGGUGCAGCAUAUCUGUUUGUUAUCACUAAUAGUACCAGUCAGGGUCUUCAGGCCUGGAAGAUGGAAGACAUUCCAGCCAACAAAAUGUCCAUUGCAUGGCAGCUACCACAAUAUGCCCUGGUUACAGCCGGGGAGGUCAUGUUCUCUGUCACAGGACUUGAGUUUUCUUAUUCACAGGCUCCCUCUAGCAUGAAAUCUGUACUUCAGGCAGCUUGGUUGUUGACAGUUGCAGUUGGGAAUAUCAUCGUGCUUGUUGUGGCACAGUUCAGUGGCCUGGUACAGUGGGCUGAAUUCAUUUUGUUUUCUUGCCUGCUCCUGGUUGUCUGCCUGAUCUUCUCCAUCAUGGGCUACUACUAUGUUCCUGUAAAGCCAGAGGAUAUACAGGGUCCAGCAGAUAAGCAGAUUCCUCACAUCCAAGGGGACAUGAUCAACCUAGAGACCAAGAAGACAAAGCUUUGAUGACUCCCUGGACUCUGUCCUGACCCCAAUUCCCCAAUUCCUUGUCCUGUUCAAGCAUUUUUUUCUCCUAGUAGAUUAGGCAAGAGAGGUAGCAUUGUAAUUGAGCUGAUCUUCCACCUUUCUCCCAUGAUAGGAUAGAGACAGUUUAAAGACUGGGUUUUUCAGUACAUCUUUAAAUGAGGCCCCUGAGAUUCUAUCUAUGUCUUCUGAUCUAUCCAUAAACUCAGUAAAUCUUGUGCAGUGUUGCUAAAGCUGGCCUGGUGUCUCCUAAUGGCCGUGAAAAUACAACUGUAUAAUUAAGAUCAGUCUCUGAGGAUAUGCAAAGUUAUGUGGGAAUUCCUUUACAGGUACCUGCCAUUUAGAACUGAUAACACUGCUUUUUGAGGUGCUUGCUGAUUUAGGGGCAAAAUUGCAGAAUAAUAGAAAUGGUAUUUCAACUUUCUUUAGAAGCAAGGUAAUUGUGCUAUUAACAAGGACCUCAAGAAUUGGUAUGUAUGGUGUGAUCUGGUCCAGCCAGGGGCUGCCUUGUUGGUUAUCCAGGUUUGAUAAGACAUUAGUAAAGUUUUCAAUACAGAUGAUAGGAGACAACAUGCCAUUUUAUUAACACACAGUUAAUACAGUGAUUAUUAUAGUAUUUUAUCUUUUCAUCCAAAUACUUUUUGUUCAGUACUGAUAGAUCCUAGCACCCAGAUUAAAGAAAAUAAACACUCAUAAACAUGGUUCUGGAGAAUAGGAAUAGGUAUAAAUUGUAGAAAUUCUGAUGAGCCCAUUCAUCCUUUUACAGUACACAUUCCUCUUAGGAACUGUGAUGUUUUAUCCCUGGACUAUGUUGAUCUGUGGAUAGUUAUAUAGACAGUUAUUAUAAUUUUGCAACCUUGUUUUAUCAAUGGUGCUGGACCAGCUUUUUCUUAUUAUUAUAUCUUGUCUUGCCUAUAGCAACAAAUUUUCAAUAAUAACGUUUUUACAAGUGCAACUUUUGUUUUGUAAUUAUUCCAUUUAGCCUCAAAGUUGUGGUUCCAUUUUGAUAAUUUUUCCUGACUUGCUUUUCCCAUAAUUUUAAAAUAUUAUUUCUUCCUUUAGGUCUGAAAAUUCCCUUCUUAUUUAAAAAAUGUUGUAUUAAUGCUCUAGGUUUGAGGUCAUACAAUGGCAAUGCUCAAUAGAGAGGCAUAGACCCACAUAAGGAGCCUGUUAAAAUUUGUGGGUUGGGGGCUGGUAGAGCAUGCAAGCUUUUUGUUUGUAUGUGUACGUGUGUUAAUGAAAAGAGUUGGAAAACAUUACCUUGCAUACAAUAAAUGAAUCCAGGCAUAGGCAUGGGAAUACAAUGACUGUGCAAUGUGUUGCUAGGAAAAAAAGUUUAGAACCACUAAACUAGAGAGCCUCAUUUCCACUGGUUUUACAUUAUUCUCAUCUGGAAGAGUGUUGGGUCUCACAUUGUUAAUGUAACAGGUAAGAGAAUUUACUUUCCCAAGUUUUAUAUACUUCAGUUUUAAUGACUAUCAUUUCACAAGUACAGAAGUGGCAGCAAUGCCAACCCAGUUUUCUGAUCUCUUGAUGUGAACCUGACCCUACUCCUUUAGAAGACAGCCUGUUCACUUUAAAGCAGCUUUAACCUAAACUGUUCUAGAAAUAUUGUUUCAAGAGAUGUUAAUGCUUUUCUGUGAAUAAAAGUGUCUAUGGACAAAUAA